AUGAACGGCGCAAAAGGCAACUCAGGUCGGAGGGUCCAAUGUCUCAACCGCAUCACUGGGCCCCCGAGCGCUGUGCCCAUGGCGAAGACAGCGGUAGAAGGUAGGGUCUUUCUGGCCGCCGUAGACCAAGAUCGGGGUGCCAGCAUGCAACGGUGCCGGAGCCGGAUGUGGGACUCUUACCGGGGCUGCGGUGGCGCCAGCCCCGAUGCCCAACAGGAACUUUGGCAGGGACCGGUCUGGGGCGAGGUGGUGUCAAUCACCGUGAGGGCAGCCUUGAGGAAGGCGCGUAUUGUGGGGUUGUAA